AUGUCGGCCCUUAAGUUUGUGCCGUUCUCUUCGGAGAUCGAGCUGCCAUUCUAUUCGGCACUGUUCUCGUUAAAGCUGGACCAUGACAAACUAGACGACUCGGCUCGCCCUGUCUUGGGGCUAUACGAGCCACAACCUCAGGCUGAUCCAGAGUCAAGCACCAAGAUGCAGAUCCGCGGGAAUGCCCUCACAAGCAAUGACGUCCCUGCUGGCAUGUGCAGAGCCAAGGGAUACAUCAAGAAUGUUAACACCAUCGAGGAGUUCAGAAAUAUUGACAAGAACGCGAUGAUCACCGAUCUUGGACGCCAGAUAUGGGAGGCAAUCCAAGAUGGUACGAUCUACUCGGUUCCGUCACUGCUCUCUUCAUUUGCCAUCCUCUCUUUUGCUGAUCUGAAAAAAUACCGAUUCACCUACUGGUUUGCCUUCCCAGCUCUUCACUCGGACCCUCCGUGGAAGCGGGUUGGCGCAAUCGGGCAUCUCGACUCAAAAGAAAGCACGGCACUGGUUGAUGCUGUCAUGACGUGGCGCUAUGUUGUUAGCAAUGAAGCUGAGCAUGGCUUCUUCCUCGCCAAAAAGGUCCGCGACAGAGAUGCCGCAGCUAAGAGCUUUCUUGACGACUAUGCCGCAGACCUAGGCUACCGUUGGGAAAUCGCUUCACUCCGCGAGUUCGAGAAUGGCUUUUUCAACAACACCGACGAGGCCGACCGCUACGUCGCUUUUGUAGAUCCCUCCAAUUAUGAUGAGUCACCGUCUUGGCCACUUCGCAAUCUUUUGGUCCUGAUCAGGCAGAGAUAUCGCCUGAAGAAAGUAAACAUCCUCUGCUAUCGAGAUACUCAGGCUAAGAGACAUGAAGCUCGAAGCAUCAUUCUUCCCCUGGAGAUGGAGGGUACAGUGGAUCAGGCGGCGCCACAGAAGAUGCCGAAUGUAACGGGCUGGGAGAGAGAUGUUAACAACAAGCUGAGGGCUCGCGUUGCCAACCUAGCGGAUCAUAUGAACCCCACUCGACUUGCAGAUCAGGCGGUUGACCUGAACCUCAAGCUUAUGAAGUGGCGCUUGGCUCCUAACCUGAAUCUCGAUGGCAUCAAAAACACCAAGUGCCUGUUGCUUGGUGCUGGAACGCUCGGGAGCUAUGUUUCUCGGAACCUGAUGGGAUGGGGCGUGAGGACGAUCACGUUCGUCGAUAACGGUGCUGUCUCUUUCUCGAACCCAGUUCGGCAGCCGUUGUUUAAUUUCCAAGAUUGUUUACAAGGCGGAAAACCCAAAGCACUGCGGGCUGCUGAAGCUCUUAAGGAGAUCUACCCCGGCGUCGAAGCAGGUGGCUAUGUGCUUUCUGUUCCUAUGCUUGGGCACCCGAUCCUGGACGAGAAAAAGGUGAAGAGAGAUUUCGAGCUUCUGCAUAAGUUGGUGGAUGAGCAUGAUGCAAUUUUCUUGCUCAUGGACACACGCGAGUCGAGAUGGCUGCCUACAGUCAUGGGCAAGGCGGCCAACAAGAUCGUUAUGAACGCCGCUCUGGGAUUCGACACCUAUGUUGUUAUGCGGCAUGGAGCAGAACCUGAAGAUGGAAGUCAGGAGACGCUUGGCUGCUACUUCUGCAAUGACGUGGUCGUUGCUGCUAACUCUGUCAAGGACCAAACCCUCGACCAGCAAUGCACCGUUACACGCCCCGGUGUCGCAGCGAUCGCUUCCGCCAUGCUUGUUGAGCUCCUUUCGAGCCUGCUUCAACAUCCUAAGAAGCAUCACGCCCCAGCCCCCGUUCCUGCUCCGGGUUCAACAACUACCUACGCCCGUGACCCAGAGGACCACCCACUAGGUCUCAUUCCUCAUCAAAUCCGCGGCUUUCUUUCAACCUGGCAGAACAUUGUGAUCCACGGCAAAUCGUACCCUCAGUGCAGUGCCUGUAGCAAAUCUAUCAUUGACGCGUACAGGAAGGAAGGCUGGGAGUUCGUCAAACGGGCUCUGAAUAGCAGGGAUUAUGUGGCUGAACUAAGCGGACUGGCUGAGGUCCAGAGGCAGGCUGAGAAAGUUGCUGCCGAGCUGCAGUGGGAUGACGAGGAUGAUGGUAGCGCUGAGGCAGAGGAGGGAGAUGGUGUCUUGAUCUAA